AUGGCGCCUUCACGAGUGUCGCCGGAUCCUGAUCCUUCAGCAGCGCCCUUGGGCCUGACGCCGAAGCAGAUCGCAUCGUUCCAGCGCGACGGCUACCUAAUCAUCCCUUCAUAUCUCUCUCCCGAAACAUGCCAGAACCUACUGUCGAAAACGCAUGAACUCCUACGAGACUUCCCUUUGGCCGAUCAUCCAAUGACGCGCUUCACAACGGGCACCGACGAGAACGGCAAUUCGACAUCGGCGAAGCACGUCGGGGACGAGUACUUUCUUACUUCGGGCGACAAGGUCCGCUUCUUCUUCGAGGAGGAUGCGUUCGAUCCCCAGACGGGCGAGCUGACCAAGCCGAAAGAGCGGGCAAUCAACAAGAUUGGACAUAAUCUGCACGGGUUGGUGCCGGAGUUUGGAAACGUUUCACACGCCGGAGAUAUCGGACGGCGCAACGCGGCAAUUGCUCGAGACCUCGGGUACAGAGACCCCCGGCUGUUACAGAGCAUGGUGAUUUGCAAGCAGCCGGAAAUAGGGGGUGCAGUGCCGGCACACCAAGACAGCACAUUCCUGUACACGAAGCCCCCGUCCGCGGUGGGAUUCUGGAUCGCUCUGGAAGACGCGACCGUGGAGAACGGCUGCCUGAGUUUUGCCCCCGGCAGCCAUCGAAGAGCUCCGAUCAAAGAGAGAUUUGUGAGAAGAGCAGAUGGGCAGGGCACCACGUUUGAGAGUGUGGACGAGGAAGAAGGACAAUGGCCGCGCGACUUUGAGCACGAAACUACUGACUCCAAAAAGUCUCGCCAGGAAGAAUACGCCCUGGGUGAGGUCAAGGCGGGCAGUUUGGUGCUGAUCCAUGGCAAUAUCCUACACAAGAGCGAGCGGAAUACGAGCCAGAAGACCCGCAUCAUUUACACGUUCCAUCUUAUUGAAGGCGAGGAGCAUUACGACGAGAAGAACUGGCUGCAGGUGCCUGGAGGGCCGGCCAAUUUCACUAAGCUGGAUGGAAAGGCGUAG